AUGAAGUCAUCAGGUUCUUGCCAACCAAACAUACCGGUGCUAUCCGUUUGCCCUGAAUGCGGCUGUGAAAAUGGUUCAUACUCAAACUGGUGCAUUGAUUGCGGGUGUUUACUGAUUGGUAACGAUCCCCCCAGUGUGGAAAUUCCGGUUCCAUAUUACGUCCCACACAAUUGGCAACAGUUUAACCCCAUAACACCUUAUCUGUUCAAGUGUUAUGACGCGAUCCAAAGUACAUUGACACAAGUUGGUGAAACUAAUGUUGUCCCCGUUAGACAAGCAAUCCAAUCUGCCCGGAAGUCAGUGUCUUGCGCCUCGAUAUAUGAGGGAUCCACUUCGACGGAGCCUAACGACGGGAACGUACUCCUUGGGGCGCCGUUAGAAUCCUGUAAAGAAAGUAAUACGAUUGCAACAAACUCCCCUUACCAAAAUUCCUCCGCCAGCAGUGGGGCUUCGCAUGCCAGAUUGACUUCGCGUCAGCUGCGACAACGGUGCAUUUCUGGACCAAGUAAUAGUUUGUCAGGUGUUGCUCAAGGUUUCCAGAACACAAAUUACGGAGGCACUCUAUUUUUUGGUAAUGUUUGUUCCGAGUCUGAUAUCAGUGAAACUCAUCAAUCAGAUCCCCACCACUUUCACACUAUGUCCCCACAAUUUUAUGUGCCCGGUCAGUGCAGUGACAAUUUCGCCCUCUAUCUUCUCGAUCAUCAAUACACCAGCCAGAGCGUUGAUCAGCUGGCUGAGUUACUGGCUGGUUGUAACAUGGUGGAUCCGUCGCAGACGUGUGGUGAUGUACUAAUUCAAUAUCCAAAUGGUGAUCAGCUCUAUCCGCACCUUCAACAUGUGCCGCGGAACUUGCAGUACCAAAGUAAUGGAGAGUGUUUGGUUCAAAAAAAAACGUCGCGUUUUCGCAACAGAGAGUCAAACAAACAAAUUAGAAGGAAUCAAUCAGAUAACAUUGCGCGUCAAGUGAAACAACGUAACCUUCAACUUCCGUGGUAUGUUUCUGCAUUGAAGUUCCUUGAACCAAGGGUAGUUAGUCGUCGUUAUUGUCAUCCCACAGUUUUCGUUCAUCCUAAAGUCAGUUCGUUUGCUCCCAAACGACGAAAGAAGCCCCAACGAGUGUCGUCCCACGUCCAAAACACAAUUAGCAGUCUCGAUCGCAAGUCUCAAGUCAUUGCGCACCAGGAACCAACUUUCGCAAAGUCUUUGGACGAACUGGAGGAGACCGUUCAAAACGUUUCAUUGAAGAGAGAUUUAUCAGCCAACAUAGAAGACAAAGAUAUUUCGCCGUGUGGAGACGACACCAGUCACGAUUCGGUUUGGCUCCGCCUUCCCACCGAGCUUUGGUACCAUGUUGUGAGGUUCCUUCCUUAUACAGAUCGUGCUUCACUGGCGAGAACGUGCCGCAGGCUUAGUGUCAUUGUUGCAGACCGACACAAUUGGCGUGUUAUACGACUAGAUCGUUAUCAGCAUCUUACGGAUUCUGGCUUGGCAAAACUAGGAAGAAUGCAACCGCAGCAGCUCCAUUUAACUUACUGUCGUGGUGAUGCUGUUACCACAUGGGGUAUACAACAGUUAUUUGGGGCCUGUGGCGCAAGUCUGCGGCACUUCUCCUUUAUCGGUUGUUCAAAGGGAGCCUUCCAGGGGGAUUUGCCGUUGCUUGUAUCGGCGUCUCUUUGUCCCAACUUGUCUCACAUUGAUGCGAGCUACGCUCACACAGUUCGCGACCAGACCGUACGCGCGAUUGCGGAGAGCUCGGUUGCACUGAAGAGCCUCCUCCUUAACGGGGCUCAACAAAUUUCGAAUUCAGCAAUUGAACAUCUCGUACGGCAUCACAAAAAUACGUUGGAACGACUCGAGUUGUUCGGGUGUUUCAAUCUCAACUCGAAGAUUUUCGCGACCCUCGGUGAAUGUCACGGACUUAAGGCUCUAGCGUUCGGGUUUCUGCAUCAUCUCUCCUCGAAAGGACUAAUUGAACUCGUUUCAAAGCUACCCUUAUUGGCGUCACUGGACCUGCGAGGAACCCAGAAGUUGGUAACAGACUCAAGUCUUUCUCGACUAGCAAAAAAGUGUCCCCUGUUGGAGGAGGUUGUGUUGGCGAAUAUGUCCUCGCUAACCCGUGAAGAAGGCGUGAUCACGAUGCUACACCAGCUGCCUCGUCUGCGCGUACUCGAUCUCUGCGGACUUACAGUUGUCGGUGACAAGACGCUCCAGGCACUCGCUGCCAGCUGUCCGCUUCUCGAAGAGCUCGACAUCUCGUGCACAUCUGUUACGGAAGCCGGGCUUCUUUGUCUAGCCGACGCCCCGGCAGCUUGCCUCAAAUCGCUUCGCAUUAGCUUUUGUCCUCAAAUAACCCCGGUGGCUCUGGAGAAAUUAGCCACCUCAUGUCAAAAGUAA